AAAAAAGUGUAUAAAUUGCAGAAUCGUGCUCACCAACUGUUAUAUUUCCAGCGCAGCUCCAUUAGACAGGGCGACUCAAUUUUAUCAGGAUGGUUUUGAUGACAAUGAUAGGCCGUGUUAUUGACGGCCUACCUCUCGCAGCCUCGAUGCAAAGUGAUCAAGACAAUACCACCAAGGAUUACCAAGCGCAGGCUAAAUUGUUGUUUAGAAAGCUCACAGAUCACUCACCAGCAAGAAGUAGUAUUGAAACUGGACCAAUGAUGUUUCAUUACAUUAUAGAAAAUGGGGUGUGUUUCUUGACACUAACCGAAAAGACUUUCUCAAAGAGGGCAGCUUUUAGUUUUCUUGAAGAACUAUCUUCUGAGUUUCACAGGGAAUUUGGUUCCAAAGUAGCCACAGCAACUAGACCCUACCUCUUCAUUGAGUUUGAUACAUUUAUUCAAAAGGCAAGGAAAAACUAUCAAGAUUCAAGAACAAGGAGAAAUCUAAACAGAUUAAAUGAUGAACUCCAAGAUGUACAGCGAAUCAUGGUUCAAAAUAUUGAUGACGUUCUUCAAAGAGGGGAACAACUUUCAGUGCUGGAUGACAAGGCAGGAAAUUUAAGGUUCCAGUCAGAAAAAUACAAGAAAGAUGCAACAUACUUAAAUCUUCGCUCUGCUUAUGCCAAAUAUGCUGCUGUAGGAACAAUUUUUGUUGUUCUGUUAAUCUAUGUUCGAUUCUGGUGGUUUUGAGGAAUCAUAGACUUAUUUCAUGACAAAUAGAAUGUAAAAAUAACUAAUAUAAAGUUCUAUAUUAUAAUUAUUACCUGUGGAAUUGUACCUGCUAACUGUUUCUAUGAAAUAGUAGUUAGCUUGGGUUAACAUACAAAAUUUAACAAAUUGUUCUACCCCGUGAAUUGUGACUCUCUUGUUUUUCAUUUAACUAUUUAAAACAAGCACUGGUAAAUCAUGUAGAUUUUACUAAUGAUGAUGUGAUGCCCAGUUAAUCUCAGUGUUAUACUGUUCUCUUUCAUUGUAAUACCAAACUCUCUACAUGGUAACCUUUUGUCCCUUCUAAUGCAGAUAUCUUAGUGAUUCUCCUUUCUGGCAAUGUUACAUUCUUCUUGCAAAGUAGUUAAUAAAAUUUUGUGUGAUUAAGAUAACACCCUCUAAUUUGUGGGUCUUUUAUCCUCAUUACCUCAGUGCUAGAUGAUGCUUUGAUUUGUAACCAAAAGUUAUAUGCAAAUAAUUUGAUGGAUUUAUUAGGUGGAACCUUGGACUAACAGCACCCUUUGUCAUUCUCUUUUAAGAUAAGAAAUUAUACUACUCUCUCCUAGCAUAAUGUGCAGUUGUACAUCACUGUGACCUGUGUGAACACUGUUAAAUAAUUUUUAGUUGAAAUUGAUUUCACUGAUCAACCAGCUUUUCUUCACCAGUUAUAAUCUCUAUUAUUCUUUUAUGUUCUAUUACAAAGUUUUUAUUAUUUAUAAUGGUAAGAGAACUGAGUGGGGUCCAAUCCAGUCUGUAAUCAUACAAGUGAUUAGCAAAAUCAGAGUCUGAUCAUGAGAAUGAUAACAGACAGAAUUGUACAACAUAAACAAGUCCUGUUACCAUUAAUCAAAAUUAUGACAACAUCUGAGAAAGAAACUAGAUGUUGGUUAUUUGUUUUCAUACAAUAAAACUCGGCAAAACGCAUGAUGCGCAUAUUGUCUACCAACACAGGUAUGACAUGUCAACUGCUCUAUUAUAAUGCCCAAUUACAAGCAUGACCCAUACAAUGUCCUAUCAGUGCCCAAAUAGGGCGUAAUUACCAAUCACAUUUGAGAAUUUUAUUAUAGUUUUGAUUAGUCA